UGGUAAACAAUUCUAAGCUAAAUAAACGUCUCAAGUAUGUGUAGUUAUGUGUACUAUGUAUAUUAUAUAUUAUAUAUACAUAUAUUUAAAAUUGAGGAUACAAAAUACAAAAAACCAUCACCGGCAUUAAUAAAGUGUAAUGCGUAUUCAAUAUAAACACUCUCAAUGGGAAUACAAAAUUGUUUAAACUCACCGGAGGAAAAUAGCGAUAACAAAGUUGUGAGUGACAUGAAUAUUUCUGGAAAAAUUAUGGACAUCGAAAGUGAUGAGGACACUUUUACGUUACAAGUUACUGAUGACAGUGGCUUGGAAGACAAUCUCAGUGACAGUUUUGAAAUGAAUAAAAAUGGCAUUUUAAUAAAUGUUAAUUCUCAGACAAGGAGUGAUAGCUCAGGUAAACAACAAAAGAUUAAAAGUGUUAGAAUUUUGAGUGAUACUUAUUAUGAUGACGAUAAUGAUGAUGAUGAUGAUGAUAAUUGUUACGAUACUGACCCAGAAAAAUUGGUUCAAAGUAAGCAGGCUGAAGUUACUGACAGUAUUCAGUACGACUGCGUGAAAAUUAAUGAACAGGCUAUUGAAAAUAGUCAAGAAGCUACGCAAAAUAAUUGCUUAGAGAACCAAAAUGAAAGUAUCGGAAAUUCAGGACUCGAGUUUAGCCUACGAGAUUUUUUAGAGAAUCAAGGUCAUCAUAAUGAAUCUUAUAAUAAAGAACUUGAGAACAGUGAAAUUCAAGACAUAGAAUGCUCAAAUGAACAUAUUGACGUUGAUCCAAAAGAUAACGAAGAUAUCGAUUUCACGGAUAAACAGUGGGAGUAUUUACCGAGUGCUCUCGAUGGUGUUCAAUUUGAGGUUGGAAGAAAUGGUGCUAAUUUGGAAGAACAACAAGCUCUAAAAGAUAUUCAAUUGUUGGUUAAUCAGAAAAAUUCUACUCAGGUUGAAAAUUUCAAUGGUGAAUUUGGAGUUGGAAGAAUCGACGCUAGUUUAGAAGAACAGCAAGCUCUAAAGGAUUUUGAAUCAAUAUUAAACCAGGAAAAAGACAAAAAUUCUACGCAGGAUGAAAAUGUUAGUCGUGAAUUUGAAGUUAGGAGUGAUGUUAAUUUUGAAAAACAGCAAGCUUUAGAAGACCUUGAAUUAAUAAUGAACCAGGAAAAAAAACAAAAUUCUACGCAAGUCGGAAAUUUUGAUCAUGAACCUGUCGAAACCAAUUUUAAUUCAAAAAAUCAACAAGCUGUGGAAAACAUGGACUCUUUAAUAAACCAAAAGGCAAAACAAGACUGUGAAAAAAUAAAAAAUACUAAUCACGAACUUGAAGAGGGUGAAAUCGAGGACAAUGAAAUCGAAAUGGAUCGUGACUCUGCGAGAAAACAGAGAGAAAAGUCUGCAGAACUAAUCGUUGUUCCUGAUAAGGUUAAUGACCGACUUUUUGAUAACAUCAGCGAUAAUUUUUCUGAUGUAAGUACUGUAGAUAACUCUUAUUAUGACGAUUUUGAGUAUACCACUUUGGACAGAAAUCCGUCUCCUCCGGACGACGGUGAAUUUUCCACCUUCGAAGACGACGACCCUUGGGAUUACGUCGAAGCGUCACUGUCGGAUGACUGCGUUAUAGUGGAUGAGAUAGAAUGUCUUCAUAAAGUCGUCCAAAGUCAUACGGUAUCAGAGGAAAAUUUUUCUGAAUGCAGCAGGAGAGAUCAGAGUGAUGAAGAAAUCAUCGAAAGAUAUAAUAAUAAUAAUAAUAAUAAUGAAAGGAGCAAAUCACGCAAAAGGAAAUCAUCAACUUCAAGUAGCCAUGAUUCUGUUGAGGAAGUUAAUGUAGGUAAUAAAAAUGUAGAUCCUGAUUACGAUGAUUUUACUGGAAUUUGUUCCAAAGAAGAGGUUUCCGAAUUGCCUGACGAAGAUGAGAGCAUAUCAAAAAAGAGAAAAAGUCAUCAUGGCCGUGACGAAGAUCAUCCUCUUUUUCGCGACGUGGAUGCAGAAUUCUGCGAAAAGCUGAUGCGCGUGAAGAAACAAGGUGAGAUUAUUGUUCGUCCGAGCAGCAAAGGUUCUGAUUACCUGAAAAUAACCUGGAAAGUUACCGAUGGUAUAUGUCAACAUGUCAAGGUCAAGAAAAAAUUGAAAAGUCGUUCAUCAGGCAGAUACAAGUACUGGAUUAAUAAUAAAGAGUUCCGCAGUCUUGAUGAUAUAAUCAAUUCGUUUAUCACGCCAAUGGCGCAAAAUGCUUUGAAGUUACUUGAAUAUAAACACUUUAAGCAAGGAAUCAACGGUAUCAAAGCAACUGCUGAAGAAUUAUUGAGAGCUGAAAAAAAUAAAAACCCUAAUUGUAUACCAUACAUAAUAUCUGCGGUAAAAAAAUCUCCAGGGAAAUUUUUAAUAUCUUAUUUACCUCGGGUAACUUGCUACCACGAGUACAUUAAAGUUGUUGCAGAGGGUUUUCGUUUCCGCGACCAACCGUUUGACAACCUCAUCGACUUGUUGAUUUACUUCAAAGCCAACUCCAAAGAAGUCAAGCCUAUUGCAUUAAAAGACGAAACUGUGACGUCAACGACAAUUUCACGCCCGGGAACUCCAAGACCUCCGACACCUAAAAUUCACGAUUUAACGCCUUCAAUUUUGGAAGUUAUUCAAGAUCUUCCUGAUGAAAAGUUGGAGUCCAUGAGGCAGAUCCUUGAUAGCUUGGCUCAAUCAGCGAGCAAUCCACCAGCUUUCAACCAGAAUCGAACACCGCCUUUUAUGUUCAACGGGUAUCAUCAUCAACCAUUCCCACCUGUUCCUUUUCCUUUUCCAUCGUACCAACAAACAUUUAGACCAGUUGUACUGGGCUUGCCACCUGCGAACAACGUACCUUUACCUGUGCCAUAUCCCGAAAACUUAGACUUACCUGUGCCAAAUUAUAACCAACCAAGUACUAGUCGUGUUACGAAUUUACCAUUACCUCCGGGCACUUGAGAAAUUAUCUAGCGCAGAACUAUGUGCAAUUUAGUUAAGUACAAACUCAAAGUGAUCUCCACGAAUUUUGUUAUAAACUUACUUAAUAUAUUAUGACAUAUUUUUCUCUUAUAUAACUAUAAAAUAUUUUUGUUAUGUUAACAUAGAUAAUUACAUUGUACUCAAUAAAAAAAAGUGUAAUAUAUGUUACCAGUCAAGGUCUUAAAAAU